GAGUCUUCCAAUGUUUGGAUGACAUCUUUGAAUGACAAAUACAAAGCCAGACCUGAAACACCAGAGUAUGAGGAGAUGUGCAUGGCAGACUUUGCUGCUACUUGCAGGAUUGUCUAUGGCCAACAGACAAAAGGUAAAGAUGUUUUGCCCCUUCUCAAUGAGAUGGGAUUUGUGCAAAGGCACAAAAACGAUAAGCCUGCUAUCAUCAGAUUUCACCGCUGCUCACAAGAAAAACAUCCAGAGCAAUAUUACGGAAGACUGCUUAAACUGUACCUUCCUCAUCGUUCAGACCACGAACUGAAAACACCAUCUUUGCCAACCUAUCAGGCUUUCUAUGGUGCUGGCUGUGUACAGCUACCAGGUACUGACCGUCUUGAGUACGUGCAACACAUUGUCAAAAGAAACAGAGAAAAAUAUGAGAAAAACAGUGAGGAGAUCGAGAGCGCUGUUGAGGAAUAUGAGCUGAACAGAGGUGUGACUGACGAAUGGUGUAAUCUGGCACCUGAAUCAGAUCUCGUAAGGUUGCCACUUGUUGAACAAGAAAGAGAGCGAGACAAUGAAAAUGAACAGGAAGAUGUUACGUCAGAUGUUUCAGAAUCUGAAUAAGAAGCAAGCCUGCAUAUUUUAUGCAGUUAGAGACUGGUGCAUUAAAAGAGUCUGUGCUCUAAAUCCAGAGCAGUUUUUCUUUUAUAUUAAUGGUGGUGCUGGAACAGGAAAAUCACAUCUUAUCAAAUGCAUCUACUCAGAAGCAUCUAAGAUACUGAGCAAAGUGCCCAGAUAUGCAGACGACGUUGACAUAUCAAAACCCACUGUCCUGUUAACUGCUUUCACUGGGACUGCAGCUUUUAACAUUUCUGGAACAACACUGCAUUCUCUUCUCAAGCUCCCUAGAAGCUUAAAACCUCCUAUUCAGGGACUUGGCAAUCAGCUGGAUGAAGUCAGAUCAGAACUUUUGAAUGCUGAAAUAAUCAUCAUUGACGAAGUGUCUAUGGUGUCAAGACAUCUCUUUGCAUAUGUAGAUGCAAGACUCAAACAGAUCAAAGGGAGUCGGAGACCCUUUGGAGGCAUGUCAGUCAUUGCUGUUGGAGACUUCUAUCAGCUACCCCCAGUGCGACAGUCUAAACCUCUCUGUGUGCACGACCCGUCCGAGAUCGACCUGUGGCGGGAGCAUUUUCAGAUGAUCACUCUGACUGAGAUUAUGCGUCAGAAAGAUGAUGUUGUCUUUGCUGAGAUGCUGAACAGAAUCCGUGUGAAAGGAAAGUUGGAUGAGCUUUGCGAAGCAGAUAGAAAUUUGUUGUCACAGGCCAUAACUGAACCAGCCCUUUGUCCGACUGAUGCGUUGCACAUUUUUGCAACUAAUAAAGAAGUGGAUGCACACAACUCUGCAACACUGGGUCUGCUCCAUACUCAUAUCAUUGACAUCCAUGCAGAUGAUUAUAGAAAGGAUCCUAGAACUGGCAGAAUGGCACUUCAAGACAGACCAUUGAAAGGAGGUAAAAACGAGUUACCAGACACACUGAAAGUUGCAGAAGGAGCUCGUGUCAUGCUCACCAGAAACAUUGACAUACAAAAUGGUUUGGUUAAUGGAGCGUUUGGAAAACUACUUAGAGUAGUUUACUCUGAAAAUGACCAACACAUCAUCAAGCUUGGACUUCAAAUGGAUAAUGAGACAUCUGGAAAGAAUAACCGCACACCAGCAGACGGCAUGGUGUACAUUGAGAGAGCAGAGGAGAAUCUAAAGCAGAAAGGAGUGGUACGAAGACAGUUCCCAGUGAAGCUGGCCUUUGCAUGUACAAUACAUAAGGUACAGGGUAUGACAACCACAUCAGCUGUUGUCUCUCUUAAGAGCAUUUUUGAGCCCGGCAUGGCCUACGUAGCUGUCAGUAGAGUGACGUCUCUCAGUGGACUGUAUCUUCUUGAUAUGGAGGAGAAAAAAAUAUUCACCAACCCAGAAAUCACUGCAGCGCUUGAGAACAUGAGACAAGCCAACCUUGAUGACAUGAUGCCUCUUCUACACGUGAGACAAACACUGAGCAGGUCAGAGGUUUUCACCAUUGUUCAUCAUAAUACAGAGGGACUGCCAGCUCACAUUAAUGACAUCAAGAGUCACCAUGAAUUGUGUCUAGCAGAUGUUUUGUGCCUAACAGAAACACACCUGCGGGGCUCUUUUGUCGCAGAGAGUCUCCACUUGGAAAAUUACAAUUUGUUCAAACGCAACAGACACCUGUCCUACACAAACUUUCCCCAGAUGGCAAACAGAAGUGGUGGUGGAGUUGCUGUUUAUGUGAAAAGUGACAUUCAAGUGCAUGAAAAACAGUACAUCCAUAAUGUAACUGACCUUGAAUUUCUGGCUUUAAAGGUUGAAGCACCAGUCAGUGCUCUGAUUGCAGUUGUGUACAGACCUCCAGACUACACUUUGAGGCCAUUCCUGAAAAACCUGGUAAGCCUAUUAGACUCAUUAGAGAUCAUGGACUGUCAUCCCAUCAUAGUGUGUGGUGAUUUUAAUGAGAAUGUUUUAUCCAGUGCAAACAAACCAAUCCUGGAGCUGUUUGAGUCUAGGGGAUACGCACAGGUCAUCACUGCCCCUACCACAGAGAAGAACACACUGCUUGACCUUAUUUUCAUUUCUCAGCCAGAGCGAUGUCUCCAUUCUGGAGUCAUGAAGACCUACCAUAGUUACCAUGACCCUGUAUACUGUGUAUUGUCCUGUGAUGAUUCAUGAUCUAGAUCUUUGAAUACAAGCUGAGACACUCAGGACUGAACAGACUGCACAGUUUCUGUGACUGAGCCUUCAAAACACCUUCU